CAAAUCCCUUUUCGCUAAAUGAAUCUAUAUAUAUUUGAGCGCAGAUGGGCGUAGUGCAUAUAAAUUCAGAUUUCAUGGCUGAUUCUUCUGCUGCUUACAUUCAUAUGGUGCAAUACUUGAUCGAGAACUGCUUGAUCUUCCACAUGAAUAAAAAGGAGUGCAUAGAAGCUCUUUCCAAAUACGCUAAUAUCAUCCCGAUAAUCACUGAAACUGUGUGGAAAGAAUUGGAGAAAGAAAACAGAGAGUUCUUUGAAGCUUAUUUAGAAUCUCGUAGCAGGAAUGAUAGAAUACUAGCUGAAAAAGAGACACGACAGUUGAUCCAACGGAUGAUGUCUAAACAUACUGACAAUUAGGUGAUGACUAGGUGACUGAUCCAUACACAUGCAUGCACCAAUUACCUUUAAACAUUUCACACGUAAUUCCCAUCAUUCUUAAAUAUUUCUUUUAUGUCAAACUGUGAAUGAAUUUUUUUUCAACUAAUUAUGUUGACUUUACAAUACGAUAACCAAA